CUUUGUCCCUGCAGAAACACCAGACCUUGAAGUUACAACUUGCCGGCCAGCCUAACACAAACCAAAGAUGUGCGACGACGACGAGACCACCGCCCUCGUGUGCGACAACGGCUCAGGCCUGGUCAAGGCUGGGUUCGCCGGUGAUGACGCCCCCCGCGCUGUCUUCCCCUCCAUCGUUGGACGCCCACGCCAUCAGGGUGUGAUGGUGGGUAUGGGUCAGAAGGACUCCUACGUGGGAGACGAGGCCCAGAGCAAGAGGGGUAUCCUGACCCUCAAGUACCCCAUCGAGCAUGGCAUCAUCACCAACUGGGACGAUAUGGAGAAGAUCUGGCACCACACCUUCUACAAUGAGCUGCGUGUGGCCCCUGAGGAGCACCCCACCCUGCUGACAGAGGCCCCCCUCAACCCCAAGGCCAACAGGGAGAAGAUGACCCAGAUCAUGUUUGAGACCUUCAACGUCCCCGCCAUGUAUGUGGCUAUCCAGGCUGUGCUGUCCCUCUACGCCUCCGGUCGUACCACUGGUAUUGUGCUGGACUCUGGAGAUGGUGUGACCCACAAUGUGCCCAUCUAUGAGGGCUAUGCUCUGCCCCACGCCAUCAUGCGUCUGGACUUGGCCGGUCGCGAUCUCACCGACUACCUGAUGAAGAUCCUGACUGAGCGCGGGUACUCCUUCGUCACCACUGCUGAGCGUGAGAUUGUGCGCGACAUCAAGGAGAAACUGUGCUACGUGGCUCUGGACUUUGAGAAUGAGAUGGCCACCGCUGCCUCCUCUUCCUCCCUGGAGAAGAGCUAUGAGCUGCCCGACGGUCAGGUCAUCACCAUUGGCAACGAGAGGUUCCGCUGUCCCGAGACGCUCUUCCAGCCUUCCUUCAUCGGUAUGGAGUCUGCUGGUAUCCAUGAAACCGCCUACAACAGCAUCAUGAAGUGCGACAUUGACAUCCGUAAGGACCUGUACGCCAACAACGUGCUGUCCGGAGGUACCACCAUGUACCCCGGUAUUGCUGACCGCAUGCAGAAGGAGAUCACUGCCCUGGCCCCCAGCACCAUGAAGAUCAAGAUUAUCGCUCCCCCUGAGAGGAAAUAUUCCGUCUGGAUCGGUGGCUCUAUCCUGGCCUCUCUGUCCACCUUCCAGCAGAUGUGGAUCAGCAAACAAGAGUACGAUGAGGCAGGUCCUUCCAUCGUUCACAGGAAGUGCUUCUAAAACUCUCCGACUGACCAAGCAACCAAUGAACCAAAGAACCAGCACCAAAGAACCAACACCAAAACCCAAGCAGUUCCCCUUUCAUGUGUUUUUACUGUGCCUUUCUAUGCUGUAUAUACCUGUGCCAUUGUAAUAAAGAGAUGCUUUUGAC